ACUGUGCAAUGCUGUUAUGGACUCCGAACGCUAUCGUUUUUUUGGCGAUUUGUCGACCACUCUUCAGUGUAAGGACAGUAUUAAUACCGAAAACUCCCAUCCAUUUAAAUGGGUCCAGUGGGAGUGGACAGUGCACAUUGAACAAGUUAAACCUUUUAAUUGUGAUAAAGCUUAAGCUUACUGCUUUGGUUUGUAUUAAAUUUGUAUUUACAUACUGACUGGUGACCCAUAAAAUUAAUUUUUAUACAUAGCAUUUCCUUUACUUCCGUACUGCUAUGAUGUAUUGUACAAAAGAUGCGAGGAGUAUGUACUACGCGGUACGGUAUUAUAUACUGCAGGUACUGUAUGUCAGUACGUAUAAUACGCGGCACGCUCAUCAGCCUCCUGCUUGAAAAGACAGUGGAUGUACCGUAUUGUCGUUAAAGCCGAUGAACUUUCAAGCUGCGUUUCAUGAUCUCACAGUGAACCACAUUAUGCAUAAAACGUUCAAAUUCUUAUAAUUAUUCUAUUUUUAGAGGAGCGUUCAUCCAGUUUGCGGUUAAUCUGUUAUGCUUUGACUGUGAUCCUCUUUGUACAUCUGACCAUUUCUAACCAGUAAAAUGGGUAACGCAAGUAGCACCAAAACAGCAGAAAGCGACAACAUCCCCAACACCGAUGAAUGGCCCACGGUUCCUGCCGUCGACCCGUACGCCAUUCCAAGCGCGCCUGGCCACGAUUCCUCCCCAUCGCCAUCCUUAUCACCGUCGUCCAGUUUUUCCUCAUUGUCCGAUGAACUGCAGGACGAAAACGUCAUCCAGGCUGGCACCAACACGAAAGCCACGAUUAAUCUUGCGGAUGCUGCUCUGUCGGUUGUGAACACCACCGCCUGGAUGAAGGCAGCGGAAUGGAAAGUGGACGGCCACGCCAUCCGUCCGGGUGAUCUGCUGGAGUUUUCCAUGGGCCGUACAUUCCUGCCGCUCAGUCAUUUCGGAGUGUACCUGGGCAAUGGCCUGCUGGUGCACGUCAGCAGUGGCCGCGGUCUGCACUCCCAUCACCACAGCGCCACCGCCCCGGGGACGGCCACCACGCGCUGGACGAAGCACGCGGCCAGCGUCCGUCCGCGUCUGCACGUGAUGCUGGGCCGUACGCUGCUGGAGGAAUCGCCGGAACGUGGGACAACUGACGACGGCCAGCAUUACAUCCGCAUUGACCAUAUCGUUCGCGUGGCGGGUAAGGGGCAGUUCCGCGUCAACAAUCAGACCAAGUUGAAGGAGAAUUAUGAAUUUGAGGAGCGGACACUGCAGGAGAUUUUUGGUUUGGUGGCGGAGCAUGCCAAUCGUCCGUUUACGUUCAGCAUUAUGACCAGCAACUGCGAGCAUUAUGCUACGUUCCUGCGCUACAAACCGGUUGAUUGGGAAGGACCUCCGACGGACAGCUGGUGGAAUGGAAGCUCGGUGGCGAAGUGCAUGGAGUAUGGAUCUCAGAUGAGUGAUUUUUAAUGUGACGAUAGGACGUCAUGUACCGGUUCUUUUCCCUUGAUUUGGAAAAGCGUUUUUAUACUGGUGUGUUGCCCAUCGAAAAUGAAUGGCUGUUUUACUGGUUCUAAUUAUUGUAAAAUGGCUUUAAAGCCUGAAUGCUUUUUUUGUUUUACUCUCAGUGGAUGAGGUGCUGAGUUUGUACUCUGCCGUCGCAUGUUUGCUCUUAUUUAAAAAACAUUCGUGGUUGGCA